AUGGUCCAGGAUGCCCCACCCGCAACUUCAACUUUCCUCUUGGUGAAAGCAAUCUGGAACCAGCCUGCAAGUUCGCCAGAGCAGGGGGCGGGGGCAGCUAGCAGAGCAAACUGGAAGGUUUUUGGAAGGAAGGUGGCGUUUGACAUCCAAGUUCCCCUGCUCUCCAAAUCUUUUGUGCGACUUGUUUUUCUUCUUUCCAGGAGGCCUGGGGAAGUUAGAAGUUUGCACUCCGUGCCACCAGAGCUCUGGAUUCACCUGGCCGUGGUGGCCUGUGGCAACCGGUUGGAGGAGACGCUGGUCAUGCUCAAGUCAGCCGUGCUCUUCAGCCACAGGAAGCUACGCUUCCACAUCUUCACUGAAGAAGCUCUGAAGCCUGAGUUUGAUAAACAGUUGCGCCAGUGGCCCGACUCAUAUACAAAGAAGUUUGAGCACAGAAUUUACCCCAUCACAUUUUCCGUUGGAAACCCCCAGGAGUGGAAGAAAUUAUUCAAGCCCUGUGCCGCCCAGAGGCUCUUCCUUCCGGUGAUUUUAAAGGAUGUGGACUCACUUCUCUACGUGGACACUGAUGUCCUCUUUCUGAGGCCCGUGGAUGAUAUCUGGAAGCUUCUGAGGCAGUUUAACUCCACCCAGCUUGCUGCCAUGGCCCCAGAGCAUGAAAUCCCCAAGAUUGGCUGGUAUAGCCGCUUUGCCCGACAUCCAUUCUAUGGCUCUACAGGGGUUAAUUCAGGGGUCAUGCUCAUGAACUUGACUCGAAUAAGAAAUACCCAGUUCAAGAACAGCCUGAUUCCAACAGGCCUGGCUUGGGAGGACAUGCUGCUCCCGCUGUACCAGAAGUAUAAGAAUGCCAUCACGUGGGGAGACCAGGAUUUGUUAAAUAUUAUUUUUUAUUUCAACCCAGAGUGUCUCUAUGUGUUCCCCUGCCAGUGGAACUACCGCCCUGAUCAUUGCAUGUAUGGAAGCAACUGCAAAGAGGCUGAGCGGGAAGGUGUGUCUGUGCUGCAUGGCAACCGUGGCGUCUACCAUGACGAUAAGCAGCCCACUUUCCGAGCCCUUUAUGAAGCAAUCCGGGAUUUUCCCUUUCAAGACAAUCUUUUUCAAUCCAUGUACUACCCUCUCCAGCUGAAGUUUUUGGAGACAGUGCACACACUGUGUGGACGGAUCCCCCAGGUUUUUCUGAAGCAGAUUGAGAAAACGAUGAGAAGGGCUUACGAGAAGCAUGUCAUCAUCCAUGUGGGCCCCAACUCCAUGAGCUGAGUGUCCACCUUGCUCUGAGUCUGCCUGGUGUCUGUGACUAAGGACAUGGAUCAUCAUGCUGCCUGGAUACUUGUGUGUGUGAAUAUUUAAUGGUGCUCUGUGACUGUUGAGUUUCAAAUGCCUGGUUACAUUUUGCUGAGUUAGUCAUCCCUAAAAGGGAAUGUGCUUUUCUUUAUUUUCUUUUAAAAUGCUAUUUAUCUUUUUAAGUUAUUAUCAUGAAUUUUAUGUUGUCCCAGUGGAUUGUGAGAGAAAGGGGAACUUUUUCUAGCCCUCAAAUAUGAGACAUUGUUUGUGUAUAUAGGAUCAUAAUUAUCUGGUAUUCUUGAGAAUCUUCUUAUGUAGCUUGCUCUCUUACACCCUCUUAAAUAGUAGUAUGUAUUGGGGCUGGCAGGAUGGCUCAGCAGUAAAAGCAUUUGCCACCGUGCCUGAUGGCCUGUGUCUGAUUCCCUAGAUGGAAGAGGAUUAACAUCACCGAGUUAUCAUCUGACUUUCAUGUGUGCCCACAUUCACACCCACAAAUGAAGAAAUGUAAUAUUAAAAAUAACAAUA